CCCAGCUUCAUACCUCGAAACUGGCCUCUUCUUAGAGGAAUGGCUGCCUGUAUCCCAGGCUCCGACCAUUUCUCGCCCUCCGCUGAACAGCCAUGUCUCUGGACAUCUGGCCUCCCGUUUCCCCAGGGGAGCUCAGCAUAAAAGUCGCUGAAGCCCAGAAACGCGAGCUGGCGUGGAUAAUCGCAAGGACCCUCCAAACCUGCGAAGACCUCAAGCAUGGCCUGGAGGAUUGCUACGCUCUGCUGGCGCCGGUUGAUCCCGGCAGCACUCUGGUGAUGAGCACGCCGCGCAACGAGCGAGUCAAGGGCACCAUUACUCGGGUCGGGACGCGCAUCGUCAAAGGGUCUCUCGGUCUGCAAUUUCGAACCAUUGCGCAACAGACACUCACCCUCUCGCCCGCUUUCCCCAUCCACGUCCACGCGCUCGAUACUCUCCAUACGCACCUAACCGAGUCCAUCGACCUGCUCGGCCUUUUACUAUCCAACAGCAAAACAUCCAAUUCCGAAGCCGACGUCUCCUCCAACAACCAAGCGCAAGCCCUUUCCUCGGGGAUGCGUCUCCUCGCCGACUCCAUUUCCUCCUCCAUCGCACUCCUCAAGGGACCGCCCUUGAACGAGCCAGACACGAAUUGGACCACACAGUCCUGUCCAUCGUCGCACUUUUCGCCCCCCUUGACGCAAAACUUUAGCUUCUACAUCACCCUUCAGGAGUGCAGCAUUGUGCUCCUCAUGCGCGCCCUCGAGCCCGUGGAUGCGCCCGUCCAUUUCGGCACAAAGCUCGGUCUCGCUAUCGGCACGUAUCGACGCCUCGAGCACGAUGAAGCGGAUAUUGUGUUCAAGUACAAACCCGGUGGAGACGAAAUGUCGGAUACCAGGCGAUUGGCCGCCAACCACAGCAUUCAACCCCCAUCUAUUGCGAGGACACUUUCAAAUUCUCAGCUGGAAGAAGUCUAUGUGCGGGAAAAGGUCCGGGUAGAGAGCGCUGACCCCAGCCUCAUCUCGCUCUACUCAAAGCUAGGAUAUCUGAACAUCAUGCUAGACCAGGCGCGGCGGAACUUGGAUGCCGUCAUGAGUGUGCAGUUGAAGACGUACACGGAGUAA